GCCCAAGACACAGCAGCUAGUGUCAGGGCUCCUGCGCGCCCUCGCGCGAGCUCCGGCUCGCGCACGUGUGCGCGCUGGAGCGGACGAGACGAAAGCUUGUGUCUGGUGGCCGCGGCUGAAAGGAGCAGUGUUGAGCGCGAGGUGAGGGCGGGUCGCCGCAACCUUGCCGCUCACUGGAGAGGGGAGACGGCGCAUCUUGCUACUGGGCAGCUGGCGCCGGCAUCGCCUGGGCAACCUGGUGGAAAAGGUCGCUGUCAGCAGGGAGCUGAAGGCUCUUGAGCCUUGACAGGCAUGCUGAACUGGGGCGACAAGGACUCCGCGGAACGGUUGGCGGGCCAGCUCCGCGGGCUGCUGCGGGACAAGACCAUGACCCACGACCAGCUCGCGUCCUGCUACAGCAUCAAGCACGGCCAGAGCGUGACGCAGAAGCUGAAGGAGAUGUCCCGCGACGAGCGCCCGAUGACGCUGGGCGACUUCGUCGCCCAGAUGCAGGACUUCUUCGAGGUCAAGGGCAAAGGCCAGGUCCGGGGGCGCGGCGGCGGUCCCCCCGCCGCGGCCGCUCCGCCCGCGGCGCUCGCCGCGGUGGAGGAGGCGCCCGCGCCGGCAGUGGUGAUGAAGUACGCGGAGGUGUCGCGGGGCAUCCAGACCAUCCUCAAGGAGC